AUGUCCAGCGUGAUAGAGAACAAGUCGUCUGCGGCUUUGGAUAACUCACCACAAAAUCCGAUCCUCAUUGAGGACGAGGAGGAUAUUGAAGAGACACAAGGACAGGAACGAGAUUUAAACGGAGACGUGAAAAGGACACGAAAAAUCGCACUUCAAAAAGCUGUACGGAAACUUUUGGUGGGGAUCUUGGAAGAUCUAACAAGCGGUUCAGACAGUGAUUACACGAAAUAUUGGAUAGAUUGGUUCUUAUCGUCAAAGGGUAACGAGUACUUUUGUGAGGUGGACGAGGAGUACAUAAUUGAUAGGUUCAAUUUGACCGGCUUGAAUUCUGAGGUGCAGCAUUAUGUUCAGGCAUUGGACUUGAUCACGGAUUCUUUGGAGGAAGAAUUGGAUGAUGAUAUGCGUGAACAAGUGGAAAAAUCGGCACGUCACUUGUACGGAUUGAUACAUGCACGAUUUAUUAUUACUACUAGAGGUUUAUCGAAAAUGCUCGAAAAAUACAAAAAAGCCGAUUUCGGCAGAUGUCCACGUGUCCUCUGUUACAAUCAACCCCUCCUCCCUGUUGGUCUCUCCGACCAACCAUAUACCAAAUCCGUAAAACUCUACUGUCCACGCUGCGAAGACAUCUACAACCCGAAAUCGACACGACACUCUAGCAUCGACGGCGCGUACUAUGGCUCCACGUUUCCGCAUAUGUUGUUUCAAGUGUACCCGCAUUUAUUGCCUCCCAAAAAUUCUGAAAGAUAUGUACCGAAAAUCUUCGGAUUCAAAAUUCAUGAGAUUGCAAAGCAGCACAGAUGGCAGGAUCAGCAACGGGAAGAACAACAAAGGAGGAUUUUCGAUUGA